AUGGAUCGAUACAAUGAUGUGAAGAUUCUUCUGAAAACCUGGGAGCAGUCAUUUUUUCAAGAACAUCAAAGAAAGCCCAACAAGGUACUGUAACUAGCUAGCUAUCUAGCAAUAUGUAAUUAGCAAUAUAAUUAUCAUGUAUUACUAACCAGAGACCUACAAUAACUAACUUAUAGUCUUUCCCACUGUCCUGUCCUAUUAUUCAGGGUGAUAUUGACGGAGCCCCAGAAGAGGCUAUAAGUAAGUACAUGUCAAUAUUUUAACUGGCUGAAAAAAAAACAGAACUGAAACACAGGGGAGAAAUGUUGCUCUCCUCAGGCUUGUAUUCAGUGGUUAUCACCAUAUCAAAACAUUUUGCACACAAAAAAAAACGUGUUUCUUAUGGGACAAAUUCAGGUAGGUCCCUCCCUGUUUUGGCCCGUUUGCUUCCAUUUGCUGCCUACUGAAUAGGACCCAGGUAUUCUUUAAUUCAUUUCAGUUACUAAAAUUCAUUGCUUUGAGUUUUGUGUUUCUGCCUGUGUUUCACAGAGCUCUACAAAGAAUAUCGAACACUCAAGCAAGCAAAAGAGAACAGCAGCAAUGGGCACACAGACCCAACACCUGCCGCACCGACUCCGUCAUCUGAGAAGGUAGGUUAUGUUCAGUGUAAUUAGAUUGUUAUAACACUUCUCAUCCACAGUUAUUAGUGAACUGUGUUUUAAAGGGGCAAUAUGUGAUUUUUCUUUCAUCCAUUUUUUAAAAGACUUUUAAAUUAAUGAUACAUACCCAUUUACCGCUUUGUUGAAGAAUACUCCUUUAAUAUGUUUUCUCUUUGAAGGAAUCCGAUUGCUGGGGCACUCACCUGAACCGUAAGAGCAUGCCGGUGGCUGCCCCCAGACUGACGCUGACGCCCAAAGACAGGGACUCCCUCCAAGCCUCGGCCCAGUACUUUGGCAUGAAGCUCAAGUCAAACCUGGGAGCUCUAACAAAGGUACAGUCUAUGUGUAGUGUGGCUGUGUAUAGUUCCACACGUUGCUUUUUGCAAACUCUGUAGCAUACAUUUGAUUUUGCAGCCAUAGACCAAGACUGUUAGUAUAAAAUGCAAACUGCAAUUGCUAGUUAACGUGAUGACGCAGAUGUGGGGAAUUUGGACCUCUGCCAUUUUGAAUAUAUACAUUUUUCCUGCGCUAUAAACUAUUUCUAGGAGAGACCGGUUUCUCUGAAGAAGUCGUUCACUCCACGUCGAACACCUCUGAAGUCCUGGAAAGACGGCCAGAGCACAAACACUGCAGCUGGUGCUGCAGGCAGUGAUACACUGUUAUCCCCUCUGCCAAAGCCAGCCAACACACGUCCAGACCUCCUGGCCUCUCCAGUGCAGACAGGGACAGGACACCCACAGCAGCCGCUGCAGGAGCCCUUUGAGCCUUUACCAGCCUUCACACCCUCCAAUCUGUGGUCUCCUGCAGCGGGGGCAUCAUCCUCAUCAGACAGACAGGCAGGAAGUAGGGCCCAGCAGCUCAGACAGACCUUCACAAAGAGGUUAUCCUCUGUAGACAGCAGCUGGCUGGAGAGAUGUCAGGUGUUUGACGAGGUGGGUGUUGCGGAGAAGCCGGUUGUGGGUAAUUUGUCUCUCGCCGUGACGUCUGCGGUAGGUUCGCAGCAGGCCAAAGGGGGAGGCACUGACGAGGGAGAGAACCGAGGACGUGCCGCCAGUUCCUUUGUCACACCUUCCAGGCAGAACGAAGGGACAACUCUCCUGGGGGAGAGGGCUUCCAAGAGUACCAUGCCACAGGCUCUGCCUUCUCCUGACGAGCACCAGCCCCAGAUUGGUUGUGGUUUAACGUCUGCAGCAGACCCAGCCAGUCUGCGGUCCGCUGGACAACGCUCCUCAUUAGGGCCUGGCUCCGGAGAAGGAAAGGAUGGAGAAACCAGACCAGGUCUCAUAGGACAGGCUGAGGGCGGAACGUCAGAAGAGACCGCCGUCGCCACCGCCAACAAAUCUCGAGCGAGGGCCAGAAAGGGCAGAGUAGGAAGGGUUGAAGAGGAGACGGGAGUGUUGACGCAGCCACCGCAGCAGGCCGAGGGUGACGAGAUCGGGCCGGAGGAGAAAGGUACGAAGAAAAAGGGCCGAAAGAGGCAAAGGGACCACGACAUGGAUGGAGAGAACCGUGACGACACAGAGAAAGAGGGGGCAUUGAAAAAGAGGAGGAGAAAGAAAAAUGUUACAGAGGAUGAGGGCGUGAGUCCUAAAAAAGCCAAGAAGAAGAAGAAGAAGAAGAAGGCUAAGACAGGUGAUGGAAAUGCUAGCGAGCAGGAGGAUGGUGAUGUCACAGAGAAGGAAGCAGUGAAGCAGAAACCAAAAGUUCCACAGGAGAACCUCCUAGGAGAGGUGGAUGAGGAAGAUAUCAACGCUGCCAGGAACAGAGGAAGCAACACUAUGAGACCUAAGUGGGUUAUACUCUAUAUUUCCCUUAGACUACUAAUAUAUUUCAUCAAACAUUAUUAUUUAGCUUUACAAAUUGAUCUAUGCACUCUCAAGAGAGCCCCUUUAAAUACAUAUUCCUCAUUGACUGUUAUUGUCAUAACUGGAUUUUAUUUUCACUAAUGUCAUUGUUUUGUGUUAAUGUGAUUUGUCUUUUGCACCAUUCAUGUCCAGACCCACCAAGAAUGCGGACGGUAACUUUGUAAAAAUCAACCUGAAAAAUAAGUCUCAUGUCAAAGGAUACGCAUGUAGGGGCGCUGGCCUACGCAAGCAGGUAAGGUCACUCUAGUGAGGUUGGUACAUACAGUGCAUUCGGAAAGUAUUCAGACCCUUUGACUUUUUCCACAUUUUGUUACGUUACAGCCUUAUUCUAAAUUUGAUUUAAAUUGUUUUUCCCCCCCCCCUCAUCAAUCUACACACAAUACCCCAUAAUGACAAAGCAAAAACAGGUUUAUAGAAAUUUUUGCAAAUGUAUAAUAAUAUCACAUUUACAUAUGUAUUCAGACCCUUUACUCAGUACUUUGUUGAAGCACCUUUGGCAGCGAUUACAGCAUCGAGUCUUCUUGGGUAUGAUGCUACAAGCUUGGCACACCAGUAUUUGGGGAGUUUCUCCCAUUCUUCUCUGCAGAUCCUCUCAAGCUCUGUCAGGUUGGAUGGGGAGCGUCGCUGCACAGCUAUUUUCAGGUCUCUCCAGAGAUGUUCGAUCGGGUUCAAGUCCGGGCUCUGGCUGGGCCACUCAAGGACAUUCAGAGACUUGUCCCGAAGCCACUCCUGCAUUGUCUUGGCUGUGUGCUUAGGGUCGUUGUCCUGUUGGAAGGUGAACCUUCACCCCAGUCUGAGGUCCUGAGCGCUCUGGAGCAGGUUUUCAUCAAGGAUCUCUCUGUACUUUGCUCCGUUCAUCUUUCCCUUGAUCCUGACUAGUCUCCCAGUCACUGACGCUGAAAAACGUCCCCACAUCAUGAUGCUGCCACCACCAUACUUCACCGUAGGGAUGGUGCCAGGUUUCCUCCAGAUGUGACGCUUGGCAUUCAGGCCAAAGAGUUCAAUCUUGGUUUCAUCAGACCAGAGAAUCUUGUCUCUCAUGGUCUGAGAGUUCUUUAGGUGCCUUUUGGGAAACUCCAAGCGGGCUGUCAUGUGCCUUUUUACUGAGGAGUGGCUUCCGUCUGGCCACUCUACCAUAAAGGCCUGAUUGGUGGAGUGUUGUUCUUCCAUCUCCACAGAGGAACUCUGGCGCUCUGUCAGAGUGACAAUGGGUUCUUGGUCACCUCCCUGACCAAGAACCCAUGUUUUAUUUUUAGGGGGUAGAAUAAUACUGAAGACAUCAAAACUAUGAAAUAACACAUUGAAUCAUGUAGUAACCCAAAAAGUGUUAAACAAAUCUAAAUAUAUUUUAUUUUUGGGAUUCUUCAAAUAGCCACCCUUUGUUGUGAUGACAGCGUUGCGCACUCUUGUACUCUUACUGUUGUUGUAGAAUAACACUAUUUAGGGAUAUUAGCAGAUAUUAGAUAAAUUAGGCCAGCUACAUUUCAGAAUGAUUCUCUGUUUUGAGUACCUAGUUGAAAAGCAUACAGUCCCUACCUAGGAAGACCGUACGUAUACAGUUGAAGUCGGAAGUUUACAUACACUUAGGUUGGAGUCACUAAAACCCGUUUUUCAACCACUCCACACAUUUCUUGUUAACAAACUAUAGUUUUGGCAAGUCGGUUAGGACAUCUACUUUGUGCAUGACACAAGUAAUUUUUCAAAAAAUUGUUAACAGACAGAUUAUUUCACUUAUAAUUCACUGUAUCACAAUUCCAGUGGGUCAGAAGUUUACAUACACUAAGUUGACUGUGCCUUUAAACAGCUUGGAAAAUUCCAUAAAAAAUGAUGUCAUGGCUUCAGAAGCUUCUGAUAGGCUAAUUAACAUCAUUUGAGUCAAUUGGAGGUGUACCUGUGGAUGUAUUUCAAGGCCUACCUUCAAACUCAGUGCCUCUUUGCUUGACAUCAUGGGAAAAUCAAAAUAAAUCAGCCAAGCCCUCAGAAAAAAAUUGUAGACCUCCACAAGUCUGGUUCAUCCUUGGGAGCAAUUUCCAAAUGCCUGAAGGUACCACGUUCAUCUGUACAAACAAUAGUACGCAAGUAUACACACCAUGGGACCACGCAUCCAUCAUACUGCUCAGGAAGGAGACACGUUCUGUCUCCUAGAGAUGAACGUACUUUGGUGCGAAAAGUGCAAAUCAAUCCCAGAACAACAGCAAAGGACCUUGUGAAGAUGCUGGAGGAAACAGGUACAAAAGUAUCUAUAUCCACAGUAAAAUGAGUCCUAUAUCGACAUAACCUGAAAGGCCGCCCAGCAAGGAAGAAGCCACUGCUCCAAAACCGCCAUAUAAAAGCCAGACUACGGUUUGCAACUGCACAUGGGGACAAAGAUCGUACUUUAUGGAGAAAUGUCCUCUGGUCUGAUGAAACAAAAGUAGAACUGUUUGGCCAUAAUGACCAUCGUUAUGUUUGGAGGAAAAAGGGGUCGCUUGCAAGCCGAAGAUCACCAUCCCAACCGUGAAGGACGGGGGUGGCAGCAUCAUGCAGUGGGGGUGCUUUGCUGUAGGAGGGACUGGUGCACUUCACAAAAUAGAUGGCAUCAUGAGGAAAGAAAAUUAUAUGGAUAUAUUGAAGCAACAUCUCAAGACAUCAGUCAGGAAGUUAAAGCUUGGUUGCAAAUGGGUCUUCCAAAUGGACAAUGACCCCAAGCAUACUUCCAAAGUUGUGGCAAAUGGCUUAAGGACAGCAAAGUCAAGGUAUUGGAGUGGCCAUCACAAAGCCCUGACCUCAAUCCUAUAGAAAAUGUGUGGGCAGAACUGAAAAAGCGUGUGCGAGCAAGGAGGCCUACAAACCUGACUCAGUUACACCAGCUCUGUCAGGAGGAAUGGGCCAAAAUUCACCCAACUUAUUGUGGGAAGCUUGUGGAAGGCUACCGGAAAUGUUUGACCUAAGUUAAUCAAUUUAAAGGCAAUGCUACCAAAUAAUUGAGCGUAUGUAAACUUCUGACCCACUGGGAAUGUGAUGAAAGAAAUAAAAGCUGAAAUAAAUAAUUCUCUCUACUAUUAUUCUGACAUUUCACAUUCUUAAAAUAAAGUGGUGAUCCUAACUGACCUAAGACAGGGAAUUUUUACUAGGAUUAAUGUCAGGAAUUGUGAAAAACUGAGUUUAAAUGUAUUUGGCUAAGGUGUUUGUAAACCUCCGACUUCAACUGUAUAUGAUAUCAGCACAGUAUAUCCUGUUUUCUCUCUGUUUCAGUUGACCAUGGAGAAGUUCCAGCUGAAGGGGGAGAGGUUUGGAGGGCCAGACUCGAGGUUUAGAGGGGGCUUCAGCAGAAGAGGCAGAGGCGGGUUUAGAGGUGGCUUCGGAGGGUUCAAUCGUCCAGGUGACACCUGCUUCAAGUGCGGAGGCACAGGACACUGGGCUAUGAACUGCAAGGGCAGAGGUGAGAGGUCACAGGACAGACAGUACAUGGUCGUGUGACGUCUUAAGCUGUGGUAGUUAAAUUGGCUUGUUUAGAUGAUUUGGUUCUUCAGAAACUAGUUUCAUUUACAACAUCACAGUUGUCUUUACUAGGUUGAUACAUAAGAAAUACGGUGCUAAAGCGUUUUCUUUGGUGUACCCGAGGUCUGUUGAGGAAAGUGCAACAUUACAGAACGUUCAGAUAGAAAUGUAUUUUGUUCAACACAUCUGAUUAUCUGUCCUAUACAUGCACAAGUGUCAUUUUCAGCUCAAUACAUGACGUUUCUGUCUGCAACAUUUUGAACGUUUCUCCCUACUGAAUACGUCACCGUACCCUGUGAAUGUAAUAUAUUGAGUCUAGUAUAUAACCCCUAUUUAACCUGUUUCCAGUUGCAGCUCCAGUAGACGGUGCUGCUGCUGAUGAGGUGUCUGCGGUUGAGGAGGAGCCCUUCGAGCUGCCAACCUUGGAAGAGGUUGCCCGGGCAACGGGAACUCUGCGUUCCGAGCCUCGGGGUAUGUCAUUGUCACCCCGUCUGGCGAUGAGAUUUGCAUUGUGAAAAAUAGUGCAUUGUCAUGCUGAAACAGGAAAGGGCCUUCCACAAAGUUGGAAGCACAGAAUCGUCUAGAAUGUCAUUGUAUGCUGUAGCGUUAACAUUUCCCUUCACUGGAACUAAGGGGCCUAGCCCGAACCAUGAAAAACAGCCCCAUACCAUUAUUCCUCCUCCACCAAACUUUACAGCUGGCACUAUGCAUUUGGGCAGGUAGUGUUCUCCUGGCAUCCGCCAAACCCAGAUUCGCCUGUCGGACUGCCAGCGUGAUUCAUCACUCCAGAGAACGCGUUUCCACUGCUCCAGAGUCCAAUGGCGGCAAGCUUUACACCGCUCCGGCCGAUGCUUGGCAUUGCGCAUGGUGAUCUUAGGCUUGUGUGCAGCUGCUCGGCCAUGGAAACCCAUUUAAUGAAGCUCCCGACGAACAGUUCACGUUGCUUCCAGAGGCAGUUUGGAACUCGGUAGUGAAUGUUGCAACCGAGGACAGACAAUGUCUUGGCGCUGCGCACUUCAGCACUCGCCGGUCCUGUUCUGUGAGCGUGUGUGGCCUACCACUUUGUCCACAUACUUUGGUGUAUAUACAGUGGGGAGAACAAGUAUUUGAUACACUGCCGAUUUUGCAGGUUUUCCUACUUACAAAGCAUGUAGAUGUCUGUAAUUUUUAUCAUAGGUACACUUCAACGGUGAGAGACAAAAAUCCAGAAAAUCACAUUGUAUGAUUUUUAAGUAAUUAAUUUGCAUUUUAUUGCAUGACAUAAGUAUUUGAUACAUCAGAAAAGCAGAACUUAAUAUUUGGUACAGAAACCUUUGUUUGCAAUUACAGAGAUCAUACGUUUCCUGUAGGUCUUGACCAGGUUUGCACACACUGCAGCAGGGAUUUUGGCCCACUCCUCCAUACAGACCUUCUCCAGAUCCUUCAGGUUUCGGGGCUGUCGCUGGGCAAUACGGACUUUCAGCUCCCUCCAAAGAUUUUCUAUUGGGUUCAGGUCUGGAGACUGGCUAGGCCACUCCAGGACCUUGAGAUGCUUCUUACGGAGCCACUCCUUAGUUGCCCUGGCUGUGUGUUUCGGGUCGUUGUCAUGCUGGAAGACCCAGCCACGACCCAUCUUCAAUGCUCUGAGGGAAGGAGGUUGUUGGCCAAGAUCUUGCGAUACAUGGCCCCAUCCAUCCUCCCCUCAAUACGGUGCAGUCAUCCUGUCCCCUUUGCAGAAAAGCAUCCCCAAAGAAUGAUGUUUCCACCUCCAUGCUUCACGGUUGAGAUUGUGUUCUUGGGGCUGUGCUCAUCCUUCUUCUUCCUCCAAACACGGCGAGUGGAGUUUAGACCAAAAAGCUAUAUUUUUGUUUAAUCAGACCACAUGACCUUCUCCCAUUCCUCCUCUGGAUCAUCAGAUGGUCAUUGGCAAACUUCAGACGGGCCUGGACAUGCGCUGGCUUGAGCAGGGGGACCUUGCGUGCGCUGCAGGAUUUUAAUCCAUGACGGCGUAGUGUGUUACUAAUGGUUUUCUUUGAGACUGUGGUCCCAGCUCUCUUCAGGUCAUUGACCAGGUCCUGCCGUGUAAUUCUGGGCUGAUCCCUCACCUUCCUCAUGAUCAUUGAUGCCCCACGAGGUGAGAUCUUGCAUGGAGCCCCAGACCGAGGGUGAUUGACCGUCAUCUUGAACUUCUUCCAUUUUCUAAUAAUUGCGCCAACAGUUGUUGCCUUCUCACCAAGCUGCUUGCCUAUUGUCCUGUAGCCCAUCCCAGCCUUGUGCAGGUCUACAAUUUUAUCCCUGAUGUCCUUACACAGCUCUCUGGUCUUGGCCAUUGUGGAGAGGUUGGAGUCUGUUUGAUUGAGUGUGUGGACAGGUGUCUUUUAUACAGGUAACGAGUUCAAACAGGUGCAGUUAAUACAGGUAAUGAGUGGAGAACAGGAGGGCUUCUUGAAGAAAAACUAACAGGUCUGUGAGAGCCGGAAUUCUUACUGGUUGGUAGGUGAUCAAAUACUUAUGUCAUGCAAUAAAAUGGAAAUUAAUUACUUAAAAAUCAUACAAUGUAAUUUUCUGGAUUUUUGUUUUAGAUUCCGUCUCUCACAGUUAAAGUGUACCUAUGAUACAAAUUACAGACCUCUACAUGCUUUGUAAGUAGGAAAACCUGCAAAAUCGGCAGUGUAUCAAAUACUUGUUCUCCCCACUGUAUAUAUAUAUAGUGAAUGUCAAGCAGAGCUCACUGCUAAGAACAAUCAGGGAGGGUCCCCACGGAAAUGCUCAACGCUCAUUUUCAUAGCACGGGUUACAUCCCAAAUUGCACCCUAUCCCCUAUAUAGUGCCCUACUUUUGACCAGGGCCCAUAGGGUUCUAGUUGAGAGUAGUGCACUAUGUAGGGAAUAGGGUGCCAUUCGGGGCGUACUUGGAGUGAAAUACAGUGCCACACACAGACGAUGUCCAGCGAAAGUCGGAGUGAUUGCGCAGGCAGAAACCAAGGCCCCUCUGAGCCAAAACGGAACCUGCGGAACUGUCUGGCAAGGCAAUGAUGUCAUGCUACUAAACUAACAUGCAUGCCAAAAGGUCAAAGAGCUCAUGUUUACCCCAAUGCAAUUCUCUCACUCCAGUUCUUUCCUCCCAGUUCCCUGCCCAUAACAACAACUGAUUUCGGUUCAGUUUCUCCCGACUCCAAUUCAAACAUCAGUCAUAACAAACGCCACACCAAAGCUUACCCCAGACCAGUGGAGGAGGAAUUAAGUAAUUCCAUCUCUGUACAUGAGGUCCCUCUGUCUAUGUCUAUGUCCCAAAUGACACCCUAUUCCCUUUAUAAUGCAUUACUUUUGACCAGGGCCCAUAGGGCUCCCACAGAUGGGGCUCCCACAGAUGGGGCUCCCACAGAUGGGGCUCCGGUCAGAAGUAGUGCACAAUAAUAGGGUGCCAUUUGUGACGUGUCCAAUGUCUAUCUCUCUGUUACACAGUGGCGCCCCCCAGUGUUAAAGAGGAGAAGGAGGGGGAGAAGCAGGAUAAUGGUGGUGAUGAGGUCUUGUUGAAUGUGAUCAGGCCAGAUUACGAGCGCCUGCCUCCUCCGCCCCCCAUGGAGCCCCUCUACCCCCUAGGGGAGGAUGGCAAAGUACAAGGUACCCCAUUUUUAAAAAUACAAUUAUUUAAUGAAUCAAUUAAUCUAAACUAAUCAAUCAACCAGUGCAGCAUGAUUUAUACUCCUAUUGACUUCCAACUACAUUUUGUUUCUGCAGCGGCGCCCUCUGAAGUUAAUGAAGCACUUAAAGACUUUGGGUACAAGUCUUUCAGACCAGGGCAGGAACAGGCCAUCAUGAGGAUUCUAUCAGGUAUGCAGGAAGAGGAUAAACAGUGUUUCCUUUAGUACCUCAGUAAAGUGAUAUACAGUAUAUGACAAGAUGUACAGCUCCUGUAAGUCGCUCUGGAUAAGAGUGUCUGCUAAAUGACUCAAAUAAAUGUAAUUACUAAAUGUAAGUAGUUUCUUUCCCAUAUAUACAGUACCAGUCAAAAGUUUGGACACCUACUCAUUAAAGUUUUUUUUUUUACUAUUAUUUACUAUAGAAUAAUAGUGAAGACAUCAAAACUAUUAAAUAACACAUAAUGAGUCAUGUAGUAACCAAAAAAGUGUUAAACAAAUAAAAAUAAAAAUAAAUCACAGACAGUGUCACCAGCAAAGCACCAUCACACCACCUCCUCCAUGCUUUACGGUGGGAACUACACAUGCGGAGAUCAUCCAUUCACCCACACCGCGUCUCACAAAGACACAGCGGUUGGAACCAAAAAUCUCAAAUUUGGACUCCAGACCAAAGGACACAUUUCCACCGGUCUAAUGUCCAUUGCUCGUGUUGCUUGGCCCAAGCAGGUCUCCUCUUAUUUUUGGUGUCCUUUAGUAGUGGUUUCUUUGCAGCAAUUUGACCAUGAAGGCCUGAUUCACACAGUCCCCUCUGAACAGUGGAUGUUGAGAUGUGUCUGUGACUUGAACUCUGUGAAUCAGUUAUUUGGGCUGCAAUUCCUGAGGCUGGUAUUUCUAAUGAACUUAUCCUCUGCAGCAGAGGUACCGCUGGGUCUUCCAUUCCUGUGGCGGUCCUUAUGAGAGCCAGUUUCAUCAUAGUGCUUGAUGGUUUUUGCGACCUUCAUGUCUUAAAGUAAUGAUGGACUGUCGUUUCUCUUUGCUUAUUUGAGCUGUUCUUGCCAUAAUAUGGACUAUGUCUUUUACCAAAUAGGGCUAUCUUCUGUGUACCCCCCUACCUUGUCACAACACAACUGAUUGGCUCAAACGCAUUAAGAAGGAAAUAAAUUCCACAAAUAAACUUUUAAGAAGGAACACCUGUUAAUUGAAAUGCAUUCCAGGUGACUACCUCAUGAAGCUGGUUAAGAGAAUGCCAAGAGUGUGCAAAGCUGUCAUCAAGUCAAAGGUUGGCUAUUUGAAUAAUCUCAAAUAUAAAAUAUAUUUUGAUUUGUUCAACACUUUUUUUUGGUUACUACAUGAUUCCAUAUGUGUUAUUUCAUAGUUUUGAUGUCUUCACUAUUAUUUUACAAUGUAAAAAAUAGUAAAAAUAAAGAAAAACCCUCGAAUGUGUAGGUGUGUCCAAACUUUUGACUGGUAGUGUAUAUAUAUAUUUUGUGUUUGUUACAAGCGGGGGGUUGGGAGCUGAACAAACAACACAUUUACUUUGCAUGAUGGACAAUAAAGUUAUAUUCUUCUAUUCUAUUCUAUUCUCUCCAGGUCUGUCCACGCUAGUGGUGCUCUCUACGGGCAUGGGCAAGUCUCUGUGCUACCAGCUGCCUGCUUACCUCUAUGCCCAGAGGUCCAACAGUAUCACUCUGGUGGUGUCCCCACUGGUGUCUCUAAUGGAUGAUCAGGUAACAUAUCUGUCCCCUAGUUAUACAACACAUUAUAUAUACGGACACUGUCUUGUGAAUGUCUCUAAAGAAAUCGUUGAAUGAAAUACUGACAGUAAAUGAUUUUGUCUCCCUAGCUUUCUGGACUCCCAUCCAAACUGAAAGCAGCUGCCAUUCACUCCAAUAUGUCUAAAAAACAGAGAGAGGUAGCCAUUGAGAAGGUACUGUGAUCCUCUUUCAAUCUGCUUAGUUAAACUAUGCUCUAUCUAGGCUUAAACCUUAGCGUUUUUGCUUAAUGUUUAACUGAAUCAAUCAUUUCCGUUUCCUGCAUUACACUUCUAUAACAGUCAGUGAUCUUUUUGUUAUUCAUAAUGUGCGUGUGCGUGACCUCCAGGUGUACAUAUGUAUGUAUUGUGUGAUGUCGUGAAGAUACCACUACAAAGAUUUCAGUCAAAUUUACAUUGAUGUACAUUGAUUUUAUUUAACUUAAUACAUAGAUAAUAUUACCACCCUGUUGGAGUAGAGCUGAUAUUUGAGCUAUGUGACAUGUAUGUACAGUAUGUUUCAGGCUAGGAAUUGAAUAUGAACCAUAUUUAACUUAUCAAAAUAUGUAAUCUUUUACUGUGACCUGGCCUGGGAUAUAUACAGAUUCUUUAUUAUGUUUUAGGAGUUUUUAAUGUACAUUUUAUUUGGUGUCUCGGUCAGAUGGUAACUAUAAGCCUCCUGUAGCUCAGUUGGUAGAGCAUGGCGCUUGCAACGCCAGGGUUGUGGGUUCGUUUCCCACGGGGGACCAGUAUGGAAAAUGUAUGCACUCACUAACUAACUGUAAGUUGCUCUGGAUAAGAGCGUCUGCUAAAUGACUAAAAUGUCAAAAUGUUGAUGUCUUAUCUAUGGUGAUCUGCAUGACAAAGUUUUCUGAUUCUAUAUCUUUCAAUGCUUUAUGUGCAUCUCUCUGUGUGUGUUUCCUCCAGGUCAAGGCAGGUGAGGUCCAUGUCCUGCUCCUGUCCCCUGAGGCGUUGGUAGGUGGAGGUCACUCUGGCUCUGGCUGUCUUCCCCCAGCUGACCAGCUCCCCCCGGUGGCCUUCGCCUGUAUCGACGAGGCCCACUGUGUCUCAGAGUGGUCACACAACUUCAGGCCCUGCUACCUGCGUCUCUGCAAGGUGAGCUCUGGUGACCACUAUAUAUGGCCUAACCCACCAUUUGGGGGACACUUUAUUACAAGAGGGAGUUUUUCCACAGCACUUGCGUCUUUAGAAUGAGCCUGUCUCUCACCAUAGCUGUCCAUGGCUAACCCAUGCAUGCCAUUGUACCCCUCAGAGUGGAAGUGCCCUGUAAGUCUCUUUGACCGACUGGGUUUUAAUCUGGGUUGUCUGUGCACCACAAGACUGUGUUAGCUUGCUGAACUAAAUACCUAAAGUGCCUUGCAAAAGUAUUCAACCCCCUUGGCGUUUUUCCUAUUUUGUUGCAUUACAACCUGUAAUUUAAAUGGAUUUUUAUUUGGAUUUCAUGUAAUGGACAUGCACAAAAUAGUCCAAAUUGGGGAAGUGAAAUGAAAAAAAAUUACUUGUUCAAAAAAUUCUAACAAAUAAAUAAUGGAAAAGUGGUGCGUGCAUAUGUAUUCACCCCCUUUGCUAUGAAGCCUCUAAAUAAGAUCUGGUGCAACCAAUUACCUUCAGAAGUCACAUAAUUAGUUAAAUAAUUAGUAUUAUAAAGUCCACCUGUGUGCAUUCUAAGUGUCACAUGAUCUCAGUAUAUAUACACCUGUUCUGAAAGGCCCCUGAGUCUGCAACACCACUAAGCAAGGGGCACCACCAAGCAAGCGGCACAAUGAAGACCAAGGAGCUCUCCAAACAGGUCAGGGACAAAGUUGUGGAGAAGUACAGAUCAGGGUUGGGUUAUAAAAAAAUAUCUGAAACUUUGAACAUCCCACGGAGCACCAUUAAAUCCAUUAUUAAAAAAUGGAAAGAAUAUGGCACCACAACAAACCUGCCAAGAGUGGGCCGCCCACAAAAACUCACGGACUAGGCAAGGAGGGCAUUAAUCAGAGAGGCAACAAAGAGACCAAAGAUAACCCUGAAGAAGCUGCAAAGCUCCACAGUGGAGAUUGGAGUAUCUGUCUAUAGGACCACUUUAAGCCAUACACUCCACAGAGCUGGGCUUUACGGAAGAGUGGCCAGAAAAAAACCAUUGCUUAAAGAAAAAAAUAAGCAAACACGUUUGGUGUUCUCCAAAAGCCAUGUGGGAGACUCCCCAAACAUAUGGAAGAAGGUACACUGGUCACAUGAGACACAAAUUGAGCUUUUUGGCCAUCAAGGAAAACGCUAUGUCUGGCGCAAACCCAACACCUCUCAUCACUCUGAGAACACCAUCCCCACAUUGAAGCAUGGUGGUGGCAGCAUCAUGCUGUGGGGAUGUUUUUCAUCGGCAGGGACUGGGAAACUGGUCAGAAUUGAAGGAAUGAUGGAUGGCGCUAAAUACAGUCGUGGUCAAAAUUUUGAGAAUUACACAAAUAUUAAUUUUCACAAAGUCUGCUGCCUCAGUUUUUAUGAUGGCAAUCUGCAUAUACUCCAGAAUGUUAUGAAGAGUGAUCAGAUGAAUUGCAAUUAAUUGCAAAGUCCCUCUUUGCCAUGAAAAUGAAAAUUUCCACUGCAUUUCAGCCCUGCCACAAAAGGACCAGCUGACAUCAUGUCAGUGAUUCUCUCAUUAACACAGGUGAGAGUGUUGAUGAGGACAAGAAUGGAGAUCACUCUGUCAUGCUGAUUGAGUUAGAAUAACAGACUGGAAGCUUUAAAAGGAGGGUGGUGCUUGAAAUCAUUGUUCUUCUGUUAACCAUGGUUACCUGCAAGGAAACACAUACCGUCAUCAUUGCUUUGCACAAAAAGGGCUUCACAGGCAAGGAUAUUGCUGCUAGUAAGAUUGCAUCUAAAUCAACCAUUUAUCGGAUAGUCAAGAACUUAAAGGAGAGAGGUUCAAUUGUUGUGAAGAAGGCUUCAGGGCGCCCAAGAAAGUCCUGCAAGCGCCAUGAACGUCUCCUAAAGUUGAUUCAGCUGCGGGAACGGGGCACCACCAGUGCAGAGCUUGCUCAGGAAUGGCAGCAGGCAGGUGUGAGUGCAUCUGCACGCACAGUGGAGGAUGGCCUGGUGUCAAGAAGGGCAGCGAGGAAGCCACUUCUCUCCAUUAAAAACAUCAGGGACAGACUGAUAUUCUGCAAAAGGUACAGGGAUUGGACUGCUGAGGACUGGGGUAAAGUCAUUUUCUCUGAUGAAUCUCCUUUCCGAUUGUUUGGGGCAUCUGGAAAAAAGCUUGUCCGGAGAAGACAAGGUGAGCGCUACCAUCAGUCCUGUGUCAUGCCAACAGUAAAGCAUCCUGAGACCAUUCAUGUGUGGGGUUGCUUUUCAGCCAAGGGAGUGGGCUCACUCACAAUUUUGCCUAAGAACACAGCCAUGAAUAAAGAAUGGUACCAACACAUCCUCCGAGAGCAACUUCUCCCAACCAUCCAAGAACAGUUUGGUGACGACCAAUGCCUUUUCCAGCAUGAUGGAGCACCUUGCCAGAAGGCAAAAGUGAUAACUAAGUGGCUCGGGGAACAAAACAUUGACAUUUUGAGUCCAUGGCCAGGAAACUCCCCAGACCUUAAUCCCAUUGAGAACUUGUGGUCAAUCCUCAAGAGGCGGAUGGACAAACACAAAUUCGGACAAACUCCAAGCAUUGAUUAUGCAAGAAUGGGCUGCCAUCAGUCAGGAUGUGGCCCAGAAGUUAAUUGACAGCAUGCCAGGGUGGAUUGCAGAGGUCUUGAAAAAGAAGGGUCAACACUGCAAAUAUUGACUCUUUGCGUAAACUUAAUGUAAUUGUCAAUAAAAGCCUUUGACACUUAUGGAAUGCUUGUAAUUAUACUUCAGUUUGUUUCACAAUAAAAAAUAUUUUGCAUCGUCAAAGUGGUAGGCAUGUUGUGUAAGUCAAAUGAUGCAAACCCCCCCCCCCCCCCCCCCCCCCCAAAAAAAAAAAUCCAUUUUAAUUCCAGGUUGUAAGGCAACAAAAUAGGAAAAAUGCCAAGGGGGGUGAAUACUUUUGCAAGCCACUCUAGAUCUUCAGGUCUUAGGCAAGUUUACUCAUCACACGACCAUGGUUCACCAAACCACCUCCGUUCCAUCUCCUAGGUGUUGAGGGACCGUCUGGGCGUGCGUUGCCUGCUGGGUCUGACGGCCACCGCCACCCUGUCCACAGCCCUGAACAUCGCUCAACACCUGGGCAUUACUGACCAGGACGGUGUUGCUGUCCGCUCAACCGCCGUGCCUGACAACCUGCAGCUGUCUGUCUCCAUGGACCGAGACAAGGACCAGGUAGGAUGCAUACCAACCACACACACAAACAAUUUAAUCCUUUUUCAUUGUGCCAGGAAAAGCCCAAUCAAGCUUUGCUAAAGUAUUUGAAAGAAAACAAAUAGUAUUUUAACCCAGGUCUGAUGCUGUGUGUCCUGUCCCCUGUCCAGGCCCUGGUGUGUCUGCUGAAGGGAGAGCGGUUUGGGUCUUUGGAGUCCGUCAUUGUUUACUGCACCAGGAGAGAGGAGACGUCCCGUAUAUCUGCCCUGCUCAGGACCUGCCUGCAGGGGGUGCUGUUGAAGGAGUCUAACAAAAGCGCUUGUCAGGAGGCAGACGACAACCCUGUAGGGAAGAAGAAGAAAGCUUUGGGUACCUGUCUGUCUGGGUUUGGCUGGAGCUGGGUUGAUUUGGAUGUUACAUUCAUAUAUAUUAUAUUGGGAUGAUGAUAUUCACAGAAGUCUAGGUAAAGGGCUGAAUCUUGUCUUGAAUCAUACGUUGAUGACAAUAGGGGAUCAGGAAUUUUGGAAAAUUGACAUUUUGCGUUGCUCUGGUGCCGUAGUCAAAAAGUGUCAUCAAAGUGCUAGGAUCAGUUUUCCCUUUUUUUAGAUCCUAUUGAAUCAGAUUAUAUAGAUAUGCUUGAUCAGCAUUGUUACUCUGACACUUGAUACAUAAGGCCCCUGAUCCUAGAUUAGCACUGCUACUCUGAGAAGCUUUGGGAAUACGGGCCCUGACCUCUCUCUGCUGUGCGCCCUCAGCCAGGAAGAAGAUCCGUAAGCCUCUGAAGUGGAUGGCUGAGUCCUACCACGCCGGCAUGUCGUCUUCUGAGCGCCGUCGCGUCCAGAACAACUUCAUGUGUGGCGAGCUGCGCGUUGUGGUCGCCACGGUAGCCUUCGGUAUGGGCCUGGACAAGUCGGACGUGCGCGGCAUCGUGCACUACAACAUGCCCAAGAGCUUCGAGAGCUACGUGCAGGAGAUCGGGAGGGCAGGGAGAGAUGGGGUACCGGCCCACUGUCAUCUCUUCCUGGAUCCUGAGGUAAGGCUCUCGCGCUCUCUCGCUCUCUCGCUCUCGCUCUUUCUCUUUCUCUCUCCUUUUUUCAGUCGUUAUUUAUUUGAUACUUUUAAAUUUACUUUUCAUCCCAAUUCAAAUGUUUUGAUGACAACGUCUAGUAAGUAAUAGUUAAGUGAUGAAUUGAUACUUGGUGAGUAGUGUACAGUGUCUGUGCAACAAUACUUUAGUUCGAAUUAUUAGGUUAAUCGCACAUAUAUCUAUCUAUCGUAUGUCUUGGCGCUCUAUUGAAUGAUAUGUAGUGAGAGAGUUCAGUCUCCCGAGUGGCGCAGUGGUCUAAGGCACUGCAUCGCAGUGCUAGCUGUGCCACUAGAGAUCCUGGUUCGAAUCCAGGCUCUGUCGUAGCCGGCCGCGACCGGGAGACCCAUGGGGCGGCACACAAUUGGCCCAGCGUCGUCCAGGGUAGGGGAGGGAAUGGCCGGCAGGGAUGUAGCUCAGUUGGUAGAGCAUGUUGUUUGCAACGCCAGGGUUGUGGGUUCGAUUCCCACGGGGGGCCAAUAUGAAAAGUAAAAAAAUAAUGUAUGCACUCACUAACUGUAAGUCGCUCUGGAUAAGAGCGUCUGCUAAAUGACGUAAAUGUAAUAUGUAUGCUCAUUAUGUUGAGUAAUCCUACGUUCUUGCCUGGUGUUGUUGUAGGGAGGGGACCUGCAUGAGUUGCGGAAGCACAUCUAUGCGGACACGGUGGACCACUACACUGUGAAGAAGCUGGUGCAGAAGGUGUUUCCUCCCUGCAAGUGCAGACAGAUCCACCAGAAACAGCAGGACCUAGCCAGGGUAAUGUUGGUAUACUUACAUAUUCAACUUUUUCUUCCCUUCUCUCUGUCUGCAAUGUGAACCUCAAUUAAGGUUUAGGAUUAACAGUUGUUUUAUCAAGAUGUAUCAGGCACAAACCAAACAGUAUUAUUUUUUUUCAUUGAAAACAUAAUCUAAUUAUUCUAACCAUAUCUUAGGCUCAGGAGGAGGUUGAUGACUCCGAGAUGAUGGAACUGAUGGACACCUGUGAUGAGAUACCAGCUGAAACACCGGAACACAUAACGGAGACUGGUCAGAACACCCCCGUCGAGCAGUUGGAACAGGCCAGAAUCCCUACUGAGGACAAGGAUGUACCAACUCUUCAACCACUGGACGGGGAACAGAAACACCCACCAGAGUCAAGUGUUCCGUUUCCCCAGAGAGCGGAUGGCAAACAUGAAGAGGAGGAGCAGACAGGGGGAGGUGAUGAUUGGCCCACGACUAGGGUGUGUCACACCCAUGAGAGGGCCAUCCCAAUGCAGGACACUGUGGAAGCCCUGGACAUCACUGAGGAAGGUAGGUACCUCACUAUACCCAACACAGGGCAGGUUAAAUAUUUUGUCUGUUUAAGUAAAACAAACGGAUAGUUUAUUCAAGGAUCAGAAAACAGUAAAUAUGUAAUUAGAAUGAGAUCCCACUUUUAAUUCAGCUUUUUCUGUCAAGACCAGUGACUCUCCACCGCCUUUUCUUCAGACAUCAGAGUAAUCUUUUCUAUACUUUCCAGACUGUAUUUACAAUAUAAUUUGAAUCAUUUGAAGUCUAUCUCUGUGUCUGUCAGGUUUAGAGACUCUGCUGUGCUAUCUGGAGCUGCACCCUCAGCAGUGGGUAGAGCUGCUCCACCCCACCCUCUCCGCCUGUAAGCUGGUCUGUUACAACGGCCCGCAUCAACUCCGCAAACUCACCAAGAUGUAGGACAACAUCACAAAACCAGGGUCAUGUUCACCAGUGCACAAUGUAGCAAAACCGUGUUUAAACGGUGUGCAACAGACGAAAAAAAAACAGUGUGCGUUUCUUAUUCAACAAGUUCUGCAAAGUCAUUCCCCACACCUGGCCAGUCUGUUACAGUAGACUGUUUAGCUGUACCAAACAAAGUCCUGUUCGCUAGGUUGUGUUUGUAUAUGUACUGUUGAAGUCGGAAGUUUACAUACACUUAGGUUGGAGUCAUUAAAACUCGUUUUUCAACCACUCCACAAAUUCCUUGUUAACAAACUAUAGUUUUGGCAAGUCGGUUAGGACAUCUACUUUGUGCAUGACACAAGUAAUUUUUCCAACAAUUGUUUACAGACAGAUUAUUUCACUUAUAACUCACUGUAUCACAAUUCCAGUGGGUCAGAAGUUUUUCCAAAUGCCUGAAGGUACCACGUUCAUCUGUACAAACAAUAGUACGCAAGUAUAAACACCAUGGGACCACGCAGCCGUCAAUACCGCUCAGGAAGGAGAUGCGUUCUGUCUCCUAGAGAUGAACGUACUUUGGUGCGAAAAGUGCAAAUCAAUCCCAGAACAACAGCAAAGGACCUUGUGAAGAGGCUGGAGGAAACGGGUACAAAAGUAUCUAUAUCCACAGUAAAACGAGUCCUAUAUCGACAUAACCUGAAAGGCCGCUCAGCAAGGAAGAAGCAACUGCUCCAAAACCGCCAUAAAAAAAGCCAGACUACGGUUUGCAACUGCACAUGGGGACAAAGAUCGUACUUUUUGGAGAAAUGUCCUCUGGUCUGAUGAAACAAAAGUAGAACUGUUUGGCCAUAAUGACCAUCGUUAUGUUUGGAGGAAAAAAGGGGUAGCUUGCAAGCCGAAGAACACCAUCCCAACCGUGAAGCACGGGGGUGGCAGCAUCAUGCUGUGGGGGUGCUUUGCUGCAGGAGGGACUGGUGCACUUCACAAAAUAGAUGGCAUCAUGAGGAAGGAAAAUUAUGUGGAUAUAUUGAAGCAACAUCUCAAGACAUCAGUCAGGAAGUUAAAGCUUGGUCGCAAAAUGGUCUUCCAAAUAGACAAUGACCCCAAGCAUACUUCCAAAGUUGUGGCAAAAUGGCUUAAGGACAGCAAAGUCAAGGUAUUGAGUGGCCAUCACAAAGCCCUGACCUCAAUCCUAUAGAAAAUGUGUGGGCAGAACUGAAAAAGCGUGUGCGAGCAAGGAGGCCUACAAACCAGACUCAGUUACACCAGCUCUGUCAGGAGGAAUGGGCCAAAAUUCAACCAACUUAUUGUGGGAAGCUUGUGGAAGGCUACCCGAAACGUUUGACCCAAGUUAAACUAUUUAAAGGCAAUGCUACCAAAUACUAAUUGAGUGUAUGUAAACUUCUGACCCACUGGGAAUGUGAUGAAAGAAAUAAAAGCUGAAAUAAAUAAUUCUCUCUACUAUUAUUCUGACAUUUCACAUUCUUAAAAUAAAGUGAUGAUCCUAACUGACCUAAAACAGGGAAUUUUUACUAGGAUUAAAUGUCAGGAAUUGUGAAAAACUGAGUUUAAAUGUAUUUGGCUAACGUGUAUGUAAACAUCCGACUUCAACUGUAGGUGUGUAUUUCAUACUUGUGAUGUUAUUUUGGUCCAAAAAGGCAGCAGGACAUUUGCCAUGUGAAUAGUUUGGUGUUUUCGUGUACAGGCAAUGGAUGACUAAUGUGGAUGACUAAAGGUGCUUAAACUGUUUUGGUGUAGGUAAGUCAUGUUUAUAUUGAGGGAUGGUGUCAGUGUGGUGAUGAUGGAUGUUUGCCGUCUGAUUGGCAGCUGCCCACCUGUUGCCGUGGUGUUGGCCCGGAAACGGAUGGCAGGGGAGCGAGUGGAGACCUGUGAUUCGCUGGACUUUGAUGUGGUGGAGGUGGCAGACACUAUGGGUUGGCAGCUGGGUCUGGUGAAGAGAGGCCUCAGACAACUACAGUGGGCCACAAACAGAGGUGUGUGUGUGUGAGCGAGCAUAGUCAAAAGAUGGGUAUGAUUACAAAUAUAAUAUUGUAUCACACAGAAUUGAAAGUGUCUGUGUGAGUGUGUUACAUUUGGAUAAAAGAGACUAAUAAUGAUACAUUUCUUAUCUCGAUAUCAUACAUCUCCUGUCUUCUCCAGGAGUCUUGGUGGAGUUCUCCAACCUGUCCUUCUACUUCCGUUCCUAUGGUGACUUGACCCCAGAUGAGAUGGACCGGGUGUGUGAGUUCCUCCAUGACAGGGUGGUGGCCCAGGAGAGGACCAAGCUGUACCAGCUCAAAGCCUGCUUCAAGGCCUUCCGCAGGUCAGCACCGACCUACACUACACCACUAUUCAGAACUCAUACCAACACUAGGUUACACUCCAACAGUAUUAUAGCAACUAAUUGGACCAUAGAGGAAAGUCCUGGUUACCAGAGUUAGCAUGGCCUAGGAGGUUAUUAUUGGAGCUGUUAACCCAAUGGUGCUUUGAGGAUGUUUUGAAGACAUUUCUAGAUGAGUUUAUGCUACUGUACAUCUUUCAGUUGACGUUUAUUACUCUGUACGUAGAACGGUCUCGGUCUGCAGUACAGAGUUCUGUUUUUGAUAAGGGCCACACUGUAUGUCUCUCUGCAGCGUCGCAUACAAGAGCUGCAGUUUCUGCACGGACGAGCUGGACGAGAGCCGAAGCCUGAAGCUGAAAGGGCUUCUGGGGGAUUACUUUGACAAGAGGAGAGAACUGGACCUGAGCAGGAAGUUCCAGGAGGAGAAGGAUGGAGGGGACGAGGAGGUGUUGAUGAAAUGCAAGGUUCGUGUCUCCUAAGAUUCCCUGAUGGUUUUUACCAAGUGUAAGUGAAGCUAUUGCCUUUAUCUAAUUCUAAAUUUAAUAAAGUACCCUUAUGAUGAAUUACCUAAUAGAGCAGAAUCUGGUAAAACAGGACUUUCCCAUUUUAGAAGAACGUAGUGAGUUUACAAUAUUUCCACACUUUAUAUUUUAUAUCCUAAGUUUAUACUAUACCUUUUUUUUAUUAUGUGAAAUUGUUCUGUUUUUACUGUGUGGAUUAUGUGUAAAUUAUUUUGUCUAAAUUCUGUCUGUAUAUUCUGUUUGUUGUCAGCACCAUUUCACCAGGUCAAACUCCUGCCUAGUAAAUGUACUUCGCCAAUGAAGGUGAUUUGUGAUUCUGAUGUGUUUGUGUUUGUCUUCAGAUGAAGGACUGGGAGGGUCAGAUCAGAGCAGAUAUUCAGAGUUUCCUGGGCAACCGCAGUGACGAGAAGUUCUCUGGCAGAGCCAUCGCCAGAAUAUUCUAUGGAAUCGGUGAGUUUUCCCAUUUUUGAGAACACCUAGAACUGCUUCAGGGUGUUAUGGUACAGUAUGUUGGAUCCUUGUCUCUAGCGGGGUGGCUUAUUUAGUGCCAUGUGUUUGAACUGUAUGGGCGCAGUCGUGCCGUUUUUGAUGCAGUCCACUGCACCCUGCAGACAUUGCAUACAUUGUGGGAGGCUCAAUCAUUAGUGUUUUUGCCUGACCCACACAAACUUGGCCAAAGACGUGACUGAAACAGGAACCAACGUUUUGGCCGUGAUCCAUAGCUACGCUGCGAUAGUGCGGGCCUAAGACUAUACAAUGUGAUAUUUCAGAUCUCUCUCUAACCUAUUGAUUGUUUUCAGUGUGUGAUACAGGAGGGGGGAGGGGGGGUAGAUAAAAGUUUAUUUAGAAAAACCUAUAAACAAUGGCAGCUAUGUUGACACUGCCAAGUUGAAAUAAGACUUGAUUUUGGAAAGGCACUACAGUGUCCGUCUGCUUUAGUAAGUCAACUGGAACACCCUCUAUAGUGUUAGUACGUCAACUGGAACACCCUCUAUAGUGUUAGUACGUCAUCUGGAACACCCUCUAUAGUGUUAGUACGUCAUCUGGAACACCCUCUAUAGUGUUAGUACGUCAUCUGGAACCCCCUCUAUAGUGUUAGUACGUCAACUGGAACCCCCUCUAUAGUGUUAGUACGUCAUCUGGAACACCCUCUAUAGUGUUAGAACGUCAACUGGAACACCCUCUAUAGUGUUAGUACGUCAACUGGAACACCCUCUAUAGUGUUAGUACGUCAACUGGAACCCCCUCUAUAGUGUUAGUACGUCAACUGGAACCCCCUCUAUAGUGUUAGUACGUCAACUGGAACCCCCUCUAUAGUGUUAGUACGUCAACUGGAACACCCUCUAUAGUGUUAGAACGUCAACUGGAACACCCUCUAUAGUGUUAGUACGUCAACUGGAACACCCUCUGUAGUGUUAGUACGUCAACUGGAACACCCUCUAUAGUGUUAGUACGUCAUCUGGAACACCCUCUAUAGUGUUAGUACGUCAACUGGAACCCCCUCUAUAGUGUUAGUACGUCAACUGGAACCCCCUCUAUAGUGUUAGUACGUCAACUGGAACACCCUCUAUAGUGUUAGUACGUCAUCUGGAACACCCUCUAUAGUGUUAGUACGUCAACUGGAACACCCUCUAUAGUGUUAGUAAGUCAUCUGGAACACCCUCUAUAGUGUUAGUACGUCAACUGGAACACCCUCUAUAGUGUUAGUAAGUCAUCUGGAACACCCUCUAUAGUGUUAGUACGUCAACUGGAACACCCUCUAUAGUGUUAGUAAGUCAUCUGGAACACCCUCUAUAGUGUUAGUACGUCAACUGGAACACCCUCUAUAGUGUUAGUAAGUCAUCUGGAACACCCUCUAUAUUUUGUUUCCAGGAAGUCCAUGUUACCCAGCUCAGACCUUCGGCAGAGACCAGAGAUACUGGAGAAAAUACAUCCAGUUUGAUUUCAAUGAAAUCAUCCGCUUUGCUAUUCAGGAGAUAAUUCGAUUCAAGUGAUCAAAUACUUACUCUAUCUAAAUUUGUUAUAAAUAAUGUAGUAAAAAAAAUAUAAAAAAAUACAUUCUUACCUCAUCAACAUGCAAUAAUAAAUAAAUAUAUAUAUAUAUAUAUAUAUAUAUAUAUAUAU